CAAAGGACAGAGAAAUAUACAGAGGUUGGUUGAAAAUGUUGAACAGACAGAGAUGAAGAGUUUGGAAGAAGUGAUGGAAAUUUAUUUGGAUAAUUUAAUUUCCAGUAGCUUGGUAAUUUCUUUCAAUGAUAUAGGUGAUGACCCGACUUGCCAACUACAUGAUCUUGUGCAUGACUUUUGUUUGAUAAAAGCAAAAGAGGAAAAGUUGUUCGAGCAGCAGAUAAGUUCAAGUGAUCCAUCUUUUUCUUCUUCAGAUUUGAUGCCACGCAUGGUAAACAUUUCUUAUAAUAAGGAGCAGUUUGGGCUUAACAAUUUCAUCCUGUUUAUUUCAAAAAUGAAAAAGCAUUCUUGUAAGAGCCUCUGUUCUUUGGAGAUAACCGGAGACGAGAUGGAAGAUCGUCUUUCUGACUCAUGUCACCUAAGAGACUUGAGGCUUCUUAGAGUGUUGAUCUUGUUUCACUCUUUUAUGAUGGUGAAAGAUUCUUUGCUGAAUGAAAUAUGCAUGUUGAAUCAUUUGAGGUUCUUAAGAAUUGGGACAGAAGUUAAAUCUCUGCCUUCAUCUUUCUCAAAUCUCUGGAAUCUAGAAACCCUCUUGGUUGAUAACAAGUUAUCAACCUUGGUACUAUUACCGAGAAUUUGGGCUAUUGUAAAGUUGCGAGUGCUGUGCACUCAUGCUUGUUCUUUCUUUGAUUUGGAUAUAGAUGAACCAAUACUGAUUGUAGAGGAUUUAAAGUUAGAGAACUUGAGAAUAUGCGAGUGCUGUGCACUCAUGCUUUCCUAUUCGAAAGAAACAGAGGAUUUUUUCAUAAGGUUCCCCAAUCUUCAAAGGCUUGUAUUUGAUCUCAAGGAAUCAUGGGAUUAUUCACCAGAGCUAUAUUGGUUUCCAAACUUGGAUUUCCUUCAUGAACUAGAAACCCUCGAAGUAGUGUUUGAAAGUUCAAUCACAAAUGACAAUGGGCCCUCUGCAGCGACAAAUUGGACAUGGGAUUUUCACUUUCCUUCCAAUUUGAAAAUAUUGUCGUUGUUGAACUUUCCUCUGACAUCCGAUUCACUAUCAAUAAUAGCGAGACUUCCCAACCUUGAACACUUGUUCCUUACGAGAACAAUCAUCAAAUGGGGAGAAUGGAACAUGAGAGAGGAAGACACCUUGGAGAAUCUCAAAUUUUUGAUGUUGGAUAAUGUGACUCUUGCUAAGUGGGAGUUUGGAGAGGAAUCCUUUCCCAUGCUUGAGAAAUUACAACUGUGGGGAUGUCAUAUGCUUGAGGAGAUUCCGUCUAAUUUUGGGGAUAUUGGUUCAUUGAAAAUUAUUCAACUUGUAGAGAGCCCUCAACUUGAAAAUUCGGAGAUUAAGGAAUAUGUUGAGGAUAUUAUGGGAUGGGAUCUUGAGGUUCUUGGCCCGAAUAAUAUCACAUUAUUUAAGUAGCUUGAAGAAUUAUGUGGGGGAAUUCUUGAGCACCACCAUAACAGAACCCGUCCCUGCUUCCCCAAGCUCUUCUGACAGGCUCAGUUCACACCUCCUAGUUGGCGUGCCGCUGCUAUGCCUAGCACUGGGAGUUUUCUGCUACCGAACGCCAGCGACUUCAACUGUAAGUCCCUCUUUGAAACAUACAUGAAA